AGCCACCACCGCUCCAUGCCAAAAAUUUCUCCCUGUUGCUUGGUCUUAUUGCAUAAUUUUUUUACUUUAAAAUACUCAGUAAGACUAAUUAAAUAGGAAUUAGUCGCCCUCCCAAGCAUGAUCCAUGUGAGACUUACGUAAUUAUCUCUUCAACAAAUCUGACCCUUCAAUCUUUCUUUUACUAAAACAAACAGGUCAGACUCAAAUUUGCAGACAAAUCUUUCUCGAAAAGUGCUCGAGUCUUGAGUUAACCCUCCCUCACCCCGGUUUCAUUUUCCUAACCUCUUUAAAGCUGUUUCUGUCCGAACGUUUUUGCUUGGAAAAACAGGCUCUUCAACAUUUAUUUGGUCUUGAUUUUGGAACCGUUUUUUGUUGGUUCAUUGAAGUUUAAGACAGCUUGAUCGUCUGGGGAGUUGUUGCUAGACUAGGAUUUUGUCUUUUGUUUCUCUCCUUGAAUUUCCUUUAACUGAAUUUGGCUUGUUUGAAAGCUAAGUUCUGGGAAUUUGGUUUCAAAUCUUCUAGCAGCUAUCUGUCACUGAGUUUCUCUUGUAGGCAGUUUUAACGGUGAAGAUAGAUUAAGGUAGUUACAAAGGUAGUUGGGACUUCAAAGUUGGCUUCACGAGAAAAUUUGGUUUGUAGCAAGAAGUGUCGAGGGCAAGUUCUGACUCUCAACAGCUGCACUAAUUGUUAUAAGCCUUCUGCGUUUUUCUUGAGAUAACAGAGAAAGCUCUGUCUGCUACUCUGCUUCUUUGUUUCCUCUUAGAUGUCCUUACUGUGUUUUCACUAUGAAUCAUUCUGGGGCCGCCUUUUAUCAGAAAGCAGCAGUUGAAGUCACGAAGGAUAGAAAUGGAAUUGAUCAGGUUGUGCUUCAGAAUCCUCGAGGGGCAUCUGCAAGGGUUAGCUUGCAUGGAGGACAGGUUCUGUCAUGGAGGACUGACCGAGGAGAAGAAUUAUUGUUCACAAGUAGCAAGGCAAUCUUCAAGCCACCACAUGCAGUGCGAGGAGGAAUACCUAUAUGCUUCCCACAGUUUGGUCGGCGAGGAUCACUGGAGCAACAUGGAUUUGCCAGGAACAGGACUUGGAUCCUCGAUGAUAAUCCACCACCAUUGCAUCCAAAUGAUUCCAGUGGCAAAGCCUAUACUGACUUACUGCUAAAGCCGUCGGAAGAUGAUUUGAAGAUCUGGCCACACAGUUUCGAGUUUCGUCUUCGGGUAUCUUUAACAGCAGAUGGGAAUCUAAGCUUGACAUCACGCAUCAGGAAUAUCAAUUGCAAGCCUUUUAGUUUCUCAAUUGCUUAUCAUACGUACUUCUCCAUAUCUGAUAUCAGUGAGGUGAGGGUAGAGGGAUUGGAGACUCUUGACUAUCUCGACAACCUAUACCAAAGGGAACGCUUCACAGAACAAGGAGAUGCCUUGACAUUUGAAUCUGAGGUGGACAGAGUUUAUCUUGGCUCUAGAGAUAUCAUUGCAAUCUUCGAUCAUAAAAGAAAACGGACCUUUCUAAUACAGAAAGAAGGCCUUCCAGAUGUUGGGGUUUGGAAUCCAUGGGAGAAGAAAUCAAAGACCAUGGUUGAUUUUGGGGAUGAAGAAUACAAACAGAUGCUAUGUGUCAAUGCCGCAGCGAUUGAAAAACCAAUCACCUUGAAGCCGGGUGAGGAAUGGACAGGCCGUCUGGAGCUCUCAGUUGUCCCUUCAAGUUAAUGAAGUAGUUAUCAUCUUGAACUCCACAUCAAGCCUCAUCUUUCUAAAAAAAUGACAGCAAAUAAUACAAAUAAAGCUCCCCGAGGGCAUCUUUCAAGUUUCAACCAAGAGGCAAAAUGAAUACGUUCAUUUUUAUUCAAUUAUUUACGAUCACUGUGCCAUGUAGUGGUCAUGAAAAUGUAAAUUCCUGGAAAUGGAGAUCUGUUUUAAUGUUUCUCCAUGAUAGCAAUGACAUAGUUGUGUUUAUCUAUUAAAUUUCUGUCUUAUAGACUUAAAAAAAAUGACAGUGAAUGUUGCGACAAGAAGUGAUCAAAAUAGAUUUUAUUUAGUCUCUUUCUAUAUCUAUUUCCAUCUCUCAUAUGCAUUACCUGGAAAAAUGAUGCAAAGGAUGAUGAUCAUGUAUAAAGGCCUUGAAAAGCUAGAAGCUCAGGACUUCUAACCAGAAUCUACAAUAUCUGAAAUGUGCGACAUGC